UAUGUGCACAAAAGGGGUGCAAAGACAACACACUUCAGUUUGUCAGCAGGAGUUGUGGUGAACGUGAGCAGCAGCCGAGCGUAGCAGCGACAGCCGACAUGAAAUUCCAAGCUCUUUUGUCCCUGCUGCUCAUCAUCUGCACCACGCUGUGUGUGGCACAAGGUUCCUACGGCAACUGCUGCCUGGGCCACGUAAAGAGGAUGAGAGCCAACGCCAUCGACAACAUCGAGAGCUACAGGAUACAGGAAACAGAUGGAGACUGCAACAUCAGAGCUGUCGUCUUCACCAUGAAGAGCACGCCCACCCGUAAAAAACAGCGCACCGUCUGCGCCGACCCGGACAAGAAAUGGGUGAAGAAGCUGAAGGAGGCUGUGGACGCCAGGGAGAAAAUCAGCAGGAGAUAAACAUGAAACAUCAUAAAUCUCCCAGCACGCCUGUAAAUGUGCUAUUUCCUGUCACUGACAAAAGAAUGUAAGUUAGAUCGGGACACGUCUUCUAUUUUGGGAACUACAUUGGAACUUUUGUUUUAUUUCCUGUGUGGAGCCUGCAAGAAAUGAGCCAAUAUUGGACAGCUUUGGACUGUACAGCCCUCAAAUAUUCAUAUCAUUCAUAUUCAUAUGUUCAUCCUAUAAACACAGUUGCACUCGGAAUCAACAAUGAGCACAUUUGAGCUGGAAAAGACACAAAAAAGUACAUUUUUUCCGCAUAUUUUCUGACACAAAAGGUUCUACAGUCGAGACGGGAUUCAUAUAUAUCCCCCAUUCCUGGGUGGAUCUCGCAUGAGAGGAAGGAGGGGGUUAAUCAUUUUGCAAUGCACUGUGGAGCCUGCAAGAAAUGAGCCAAUAUUGGACAGCUUUGAACUGUAGAGCCCUCAAAUAUUCAUUUAAUUAACAUUCAUAUAUUCAUCCUAUAAACAUAGUUUCACUAGGAAUCAACAAUGAGCACAUUUGAGCUGGAAAAGACACAAAAAAGUCUUUUUUUUUCUCCUCAUAUAAGGUUCUACAGUCGAGACGGGAUUCAUAUACCAUGGGGCCAAAGAAAGUUGCGAGUGCCAGCACUUUGAUAAAGAAAGGGAGAAAUACUAUCAAAUGUCUUUUCUCUUCCUUUCUCUGUGCUCAUCAAAGUCUUCUCCAACAAGUGAAGUGAAGUGAAUUAUAUUUAUAUAGCACUUUUCUCUAGUGAUUCAAAGCGCUUUUACAUAGUGACACCCAAUAUCUAAGUUACAUUUAAACCAGUGUGGGUGGCACUGGGAGAAAGGUGGGUAAAGUGUCUUGCCCAAGGACACAACGGCAGUGACUAGCAUGGCGGGAGCGGGAAUCGAACCUGGAACCCUCAAGUAGCAGGCACGGCCACUCUACCAACCGAAAUUGGAAUUGCCACAAAACACACUUCAAAGAUAUUCAACACUCUACUGCCAUCUGGCAGCUAAAGUGGAUCGCGCACCCCCCACCGAUUUCGUCACGUUUCAUGUGUCAGGUAAACCGCCACGAAUCCCCUUUCCGACUGUGGAUCACAGGUGUCAAACUCCUGGCCUGGAAAUAAUGUGCGUCAAUAAAGUACUUUUUUCGUUCUUUUUUACGUUUUGACACAGAAACAAAAAAUGUUGCAUUGAAAUUGUAUCAUUCGGAGUCAAAUAAGACUGAAAAUAAUCCAGAGAGUCAAAGAAAUGUGGCCUCGUAUUGCGUGCAUAUAAAUGUUACGUUCUUAAUUGUACUCAAGAGCACAAAACGUUGUGUAAUGGUAGACUGCAAAAAGUCAGUGUUCAAAAACAAGAAAGAAAAAUACAAAAAUUAAAGGUAUUUUAUUUGAACUAAGCAAAAUUAUCUGCCAAUAGAACAAGAAAAUUUGGCUUGUCAAGACUUUACAAAACAAGUAAAAUUA